AUGGCCAUGUUGGCACCACCUCUCUCACCCCAGCCAGCCGGUGGCCUCUUCGAACUCCCGCACAAGAAAUGGAGACGCCGUCGAAUCACUAGUCAUCUCAUGCGGCAAGAAGAACGCGACAGGGCCGCCCGCGAGGCCGAGAUGGAAUCCAAAGCCCGAGCCUGCAACUACCUCUCCACCUUCCUUCACAGCUCCCCAUGGUCCGAUCAGCUUGAGCAGAUCACCAUCGUCUGGGACUCCGUACCACCAAUGGAGGAUCUUGACUCAUAUGGCGAACUUGAUGAAGAAGAAGGCACUCGCAAUUGUCGACGCCUCUUCAAAGCUGUUGUCGUCUGGGAAGAAGUUGGCCAGCUACUCUGGCAAACACUCAGGGAUACUGCACAGCAACGACAACCCUUGGAUGGCACCGUGUCUGCCGUCACUCAACCUCCCUCUACCGAUGGUGCCGACGCUUGGUGGCACGCACCUCCCGACUACUCAUUUCGCCGCGGUUCUCAAGAAACGUCCCACUCCAGCUUGACCUCGCGCGGCUCUGCUACCGCCAGCCCCUUGCCCUUCGAGCGCGAUUACAGCUCAUUCUCCUCCCUCAGCAGCUCGCCUUGCGAUCCAAGCUUCAUGGCAGCUGCUGCCCAGAGCCGCAGGCGGAGCGACUCUCUCUCCGCCAUGAUCCCCCGCGCCAUCUCCUGCGUCUCCGCUGUCAGGAAAACUUUUGGGGUAUUCUCUGAGAAGCAGACUGCUUAA